AUGAACAACCCCCGCCUAGAUGCAGAGAUAAAGAAACUGCAGACAGCAAUACGAGCGCUGGCCUCUGUUAUUUUUCUUCUAGAAAUACUAGGCUCAGUCUUCAUCGCCAAUCCGCCCUGGUAUAGCUGGCGAGGGCUGAAGGAAAAAGAAGAUUUACCUCUAAAUGGCGGCAGUGUUUUGCUUGAAAGUGCAGGAGGUGACUAUACACCUGAAUUGAGCAGCGAAGAUUUGUGUGGGGUGUACUUAUCUCAGUUGAUAUCUCCUUUCUGUUUAAUGCCUGUAAAUGAAGUUAUUAAAAAAGUAAAAACACUCUUCUUAGAAUCUGCUACUGCUUCUCUCUUCGCCCCUGCUGCAGUCGGAGUUUGUAUGGGUAUAAGAAGAGCUGCCUAUACACCCCGUGCAGUGGUGUUGCUGCUUCUAGGCACCCUUAAUGCGUUUGCAUGUGCUCUGCUGCUCUCUCUCUGGCCCGUGCUGCUGCAGCUGCCCCAGCUGCAGCAGCAGCAGCUGCUGCAGCAGCAGCAGCUGCAGCAACAAGGGUGGAAUGUGCAUGCAGCAGCAACAACCGCCUUGGCUGCUCUCCUAGGGCUAAUGGCUCCUGCAUUUUGGGCUUCGCUUAGCAGCAGCAGCAGCAGAAGCAGCAGCUAUGCUUCUCUUGUUUUAAACGAAGCAAUUG